GCCCGAGUGGCGGCUGCUGUAGCUGCUAUGCGAGAGCUCUCUAGCCCAUUCAUGAGAUCCGUGAGCCGGCGAAGCUGAGGUCUUGGUGCUGACAAUGUGAGACUCUAAAGUGCUAGGCGACUUCGGCAUGUCGCGAUUGGCAGCACCGUGGCAGUGGCGCGGUUCCAGCAAGGGGGAGAAUUCUACUUGUGUUCGAUGGCUAAACCCCCUGCUCUAUGAUUCGGCUGCCUAGCGCCAGCCCUGUUCAGUUGUAAAGCCGCUUCUUAAGCAAGGUGCUCCGUCUUGUUCCGCGAGAGAAGGCUGUUCCACGAUUCUGGGUUUACUUUCCUUUCUGAUUAACGUCACUCAUCGACAUUAUCUCGCAGCGAAACUCCGUUCCCAUCUGCUUGAAAGUCAGACAUCUGGAUGCAGCCGCCCGAGCAAAAGGCGUUGCUUGAUAUCAACCACACUCGGCGGUCAGGUGGAAGUUGGCGAGACGAGGCGCACGAGAUGGAUCAUUCCUACGGGCAGCAGACGGGGGGCCAUAGCAUCGACCCGACAGGAUCCGAUGCGAGGGCGGCACAACCCAUGAACACGCAUUACAGUCAACCGCAGGUUGUCGACGACUCGUACGUUGAGAACGGUCUUCAUCCAGUGCCGGAGCCGGACAAGAUUGUGGGCGCGCCGUAUUAUCACCAAUACAACCAGGUACCCGGUAUACCAAGCCAUCCUCAUGCACAAGCGGCGUCGAAGAGGAGGAUAUGUGGUAUGAGCAUGGCGAUGUUCAUACUCUGGUGUAUACUGGGAUUCCUUCUUGCGCUGCUAGCCAUCGUUGCCGGGGUAUUUGGAAGUAUGCUCGCAAGGCAGAGCUCAGAGAUCCUAGACCUCAAGAACGUGGCGGCGACAAAAACAGUCGGCUCAGACACCAACGGCACAUCAACGACAGCAGCGCCCGCCGCGACGACGACAUGGGUGCAGGUGGUCGACUGGGAGUACAUUGGCUGCUACGAGGACACCUCGAACCGCGUAUUCCCGGACAAGUACACGCAAAUUGAGGACCAGACGAACCGGCUCUGCGCCGGGGUGUGUUCCGACUACGAGUACUUUGGCACCGAGUUCGGGGACCAGUGCUAUUGUUCGCGGACGCCGCCGACGACGGCUGCGCCGGCGUGGAACUGCGAUAUGCAUUGCAAUGGCGCGCAGACGUCGGAGAUUUGUGGGGGGUACUUUUUCUUGAGUGCUUGGAAAAAGAAGGUCUGAGGUCGAGGGGCUGGUGUGAAGUACUUGGAAGGAAAGUGGGUGUGAUGAUCUGGUAUGUGUUUGCUUUCUCAACAUUGCUUGGAGUUCUUUGGGCACGGCUGGUUGGGAUACCCUAUGGCAAUAAACUGAUAAAUUAUUGACGUGGCUGAUCAAGCACCGUCUUGAUCAUCGUUAGAAUGCCUGUGACAUGCUUUGGGUUAGGUAGUGCUUGUUGUUGUAUGGUCGAGACGUGGUGCCAGGAAAGACAUCAUAAAGCCCAGGCCGGCCCUCGUCUCCAACAUCCCGUGAUGGAUUGAAACCAUCAUGGCCGGUUGGCCCAAUGGCAAGGCGUCUGACUACGAUUAAACAUGUUAUCAGGAGAUUCUGGGUUCGACCCCCAGGCUGGUCAUAAUCUUUUGAAAAUUCUGCAUC